AAACAACAUUGUGGCUACUACAUUUUUUUGACGGUAUUUGUGUGUUUGAACUAAUACCGACAUCGUACGGGCUGAAAUUAGAUAUCAGUGAACAUGUAGGUAAUAAACAACGGAUAGCCACUCACUCUCGCUACGUGUAUUCUCUCAUUCUUCAGAGGGAACAUACCCGGCAAACCGGUUAUAAACCAAGUUUUAAACUGAACCGUACGGCUUCCGUAGUAUUUUCUUCAGGGGCGUAGCUAGCCAUUGAGGUGCCCUUCACAUUCACAAGAGAGUAACUGUAAUUCUUCACGUAGUGUACUUUAAUCUAAUGUUGACAAAACGUGAGUGAGUUUAAAAAAAAAAAUGUAACAAUUCUAUCACGGCAUAAAUUAUUAGUUGUAUAUCAAUCUUUAAUCAGAUAUUUUAAUCUUAAUUGUUAUCAUUGACCACAAAAAAGUAUACAUUUGACAACAUUCUCCUAUUUCUUGAGCUUGCUUAAAUCCUUAAAAGGAUUAACUCGCAAGCAAAUCCCAGCAGCGGUUUUGAGGUUACGAAGUUGUUAAAAGUUGUAAAGUUAUGAGAAUGAAGUGACGUUACAAGAAUAACAUCACAAAGUUCCAAGAAUAAAGUUGCGAUGUUCCAUAACGAAAGAUGUAUGGUUGAGAGACUAAAAGCUGCCGAGUUAUAAGAGUGAAUAGGGGUUACAAGAAAGUCAAUGUUAUGAGAAUAAAUCCGAUUGCGGAGAAAAUAAGCAAUGUUAGGCAAUCGGUUACGAGGUGUGUGUCCUUGCUUUCCUUUCUUUGCGCAGGGGCCUGUGGCCUGGCUGUGGGAUACCCUCUGGACACCGUGAAGGUCCGGAUCCAAACCCAAAGACAGUUUACGGGAAUAUGGCAAUGUGUCGCCACCACGUUUUCCAAAGAAGGGGUGCACGGCUUCUUCAAAGGCAUGGCGCUGCCGAUGACGACGAUCUCCAUCACGUCGUCGGUGGCGUUCGGGACCUACCGAAACUGUCUGCAGUGUCUGAAGCAGGCGCGAGGGACUGUCCACGUCCCCAGUACCAAGCCGGAGAUCUUCCUUUCAGGACUGGUUGGCGGAAUAACGCAGGUGUUGUUUGUAGCGCCCGGUGACAUCGUCAAAGUGCGCCUCCAGUGUCAGACAGAGUCGAUGCGGCGAGGGAGCAAACCCAAGUACCGCGGACCAGUCCACUGUCUGCUGAGCAUCCUCAAGGAGGAAGGCCCGCGGGGGCUGUACCGGGGAGCCCUGCCACUGGCGCUAAGGGACGGGCCCGGGUUCGGCAUGUACUUUCUGACCUACAACACCAUUUGCGAAUUGCUGAGCGAGAGCAGAACGGAGAAGCCAGCCUGGAGCGCAGUGAUGUUGGCCGGGGGCUUUGCGGGAACGGUGGCGUGGUCCAUGAGCACGCCGAUGGACGUGAUUAAGGCCCGCCUGCAGGUGGACGGCUCACGGGAGACGCGGCGAUACAGGGGGUUGGUCCACUGCAUCGCAGAGACCACGCGCACCGAGGGAGCGGGCGUCUUUUUCCGGAGUCUGGGAAUCAACUGCCUACGCGCUUUCCCCGUCAACCUGGUGGUGUUUGUCACCUACGAGCUCCUCACUGGCCUUCUGCAGGCUAAACCGGACAGCGCCGACACCCCUCGGGUGGGCUUGGAAUGACAGCAGGCAUCCUGUUGAUUUUGGGGGUAACAACAUUAGUGAAAAGGGACACUUGGAAGAAGCUCCAAACAAAAGUCAAGCGCACAACACGUUCAUUGGAGUUUCUUUAGGGAAAUCGCGCCCCCUUGUGGAGGGCUGUAGAAUCGCUGGCGUUGUUUUUUUUUUUUGUCAUUUUUGCUCAAACAGAUUUGACGGUCAAAGUAAUAACAUUUUUAAGGUGUCAUCCAUGCCAUGUUUAUGAUUAAAUGUAUAUUUUGUGUUUGCAUGCA